CUCAAGCGUUCAGACGUCGCAUGGACCCUGUUCAAAGUAGGCAUACAGCUUUCGGUUUCGUUUCUGACGCAUAUCAACAACACAGAAAGCAACAGCUGGUUACUGUGUGCUGUAAGCUACACUAGAAUGACAACUCUCGUAGCUUUCAGCAUUACAAAGAUACUGUGCACAAAUCAAGGAUGCUUAACAUUCAGGCAGGUAGACCAAAGCCUAAGGCAAAGCAUGACAGUUGCAAAAGAAGUGCUAUUUCGAGUACUUUCUGACGAGAGUAAAUUUUCCAUAGUUCAGGGGGAGGAGGAGAGUUCGAGUGAGUUAAAUGGAAUACGUCCGGACAGUUUGAUUAUCGCGAAAACAGACCUAAGACUGUGCCAGAACCUCAAAUGCAACAGCUGUGAAGACUUACACCUGUGCAGAUAUUUUGUGUGCGGUCUGUGCAGAUUUGGGGCAAAAUGCAAAAACCCGCACACAGUGGACUCCCCGGCUAACAGAGCCCUUCUGCAGAGAGCUGGCUUAAGUGAACUGAAUAAACAGGAGCUCUGCUGUCUCCUUCUCCAGAAUGAUUCCUACCUGCUUCCUGAGAUCUGCGGUCAUUACAACAAGGGCAAUGGAGAACAUGGCUCCUGCAGAUUCAAGUCCGUCUGCACCAGUCUGCACGUGUGCCAGCACUUCCUCUUGGGAGACUGCAAGUUUGGGGCCGAUUGUAAGAGAGCACACACGUUUGAUGCCAACAGCAUGAAGAUCCUGAGCGGCAGAGGCCUCAGUCCAGAGCACAUCCGCCACAUCCAGCUGAUCUACAAGAACCGGCUGCUCCUCAGUGGACAGAGGCCAGUCUCCAUGAAAACCAGCAUUACUAAACAAGUUACCAAAUCGUCCCCAAGACCAAAGCUCCCAUCUGUGCUACCUGCUGUAAAAGAGCGCUCACAACAUCCUUCAGGCACCUCCAUCAGUGAAGCAGACCACAAUGAAAUCUGCCUAUUCUUCAUCCACAGAGGAUGUAGCUUCAAAGAUAAGUGCAUUCGUUUCCACCACAAUCUUCCGUAUAAAUGGCAACUUUUGGACAGUGAUGGUGUGACAUGGAAAGACCUGCCUGAUCAGGAGGGACUCGAGAAGGCCUACUGCAACCCAGCCAGUGACAGCAGCCCAGGGGUCCGGCCCGUGGACUUCCUCACCAUGACCUGUGCAGGCUCACCUGUCCGGCGCCUGUCCACUGCAUCCUCCGUCACCAAGCCGCCCCACUUCAUCCUGACCACCGAGUGGCGCUGGUACUGGAAGGACGACCAGGGGGGCUGGAAUGAGUACGGAGUCAAGGCCUACGGGCCCGCUGUGUCCUCGUUCACCUCUAAAGCACUGGAGAAGGCUUACCUCUGCAGCGGUGACAGUGAGGUGUCGUUUGAUGCAAAAGAACAACAGUACAUAAUCUACUUGAAAGAGAUGUAUCAGCAGAACCAAAAAUACAAAACCAAAAGGGAGGUCCGGAGGCGACCCUGUUCUCAAGAUGUGCAGAGCAAGCUGAAGAGUGAGGCAUCUGAGACGUCCAGUUCCUCCUCAGCAGAUGUGCCAGAUCACUGGGAUAAAACAGCUCAGCCCAACGGCUCCUACAAGCUUGUUCCUCUCUCAGAGUCCUCCGAUGAGUUCCAGAAGGUGGAGAAGUUGUUUAAACACACAAUGCCCAACAACACUGUUAAGAGUAUCAGAAGGAUACAGAACAGAUCACUUUGGAGAGUUUUUCAGUGGCAGAAGGAGACCAUGAUGGAGAGGAGUGGGGGCAAGGCCGUGGAGGAGCGCUUGCUGUUUCACGGCACAGACCCCUCUCUGCUGGAGGCCAUCUGCGACCAGAACUUUGACUGGAGGAUGUGUGGCGUCCACGGCACACUCUACGGCAAGGGAAGCUACUUUGCCAGAGAUGCUGCAUACUCACACAACUACUGUAAACCCACCAGUAGCAUCAAUACCAUGUUUGUUGCUCGGGUAUUGGUGGGAGAAUUCAGCCGAGGCAGCAGCAGUUACGUGCGCCCUCCGACUAAAGGAACUGGCAAGCACCUCUACGACAGCUGUGUGGACAACAUCGGCAAUCCUGCUAUUUUUGUCAUCUUUGAGAAAUAUCAGAUUUACCCAGAGUUUGUCAUUGAGUACCAGAGCAAGGAGGUGGAUUUGGGGACUCAAUGUGAAAUAUGCUGAUAUUAUCAUAAUUAUCAUCAUAUAUCACUUACAUUCAAUUUAGAUCCUUUUUUCCUUAAAUUAUCUGCUCCUAUCAUCACAAAGCAUAUAACACAUAUAUUUAAUCUUUCCAUUGUGAUGAGCAUAUUUCCCAGUGCAUGGAAACUAGCACAUGUGACACCUUUGCACAAAGGGGGUGAUAGAGAUGAUUUAAAUAAUUACCGUCCAAUCUCCAAAUUACCCUGUUUGUCAAAGAUUUUUGAAUCAUUGGUUAAUAACCAACUCAAGUCAUUUCUUUCAUGCCAUGACAUAUUAAAUCCACAACAAUCAGGUUUUAGAACUAACCACAGCACUAUCACAGCUACCACAUUAGUUACUAAUAACAUCAUAUCUGCCUUAGAUUAAAAUGAAAAACCAUUGUGCUGCCCUUUUUGUUGAUCUGUCAAAAGCAUUUGAUACAGUUAAUCAUCCCUUACUGUUACAAAGAUUACAUGAUAUUGGUUUGGAUGAUAAGGCAUGUAAAUGGUUUUGUAAUUAUUUGUCCCAGAGGUUUCAGUGUGCAAAUAACCACUGUAACUGGUUCAAGGAUUGAUAGAGUCUCUGAAUACAAAUAUCUUGGUAUCUGGCUGGAUGAAAAGCUCACAUUUAACUACCAUAUAGCCAUCCUAGCAAACACACUGAGAAACAAAUAGGUUUCUUCCACAGAAACAAAGCCAGCCUCCCUAUGGAAAGUAGGAAACAAGUUGUUGAAGCAGUUUUCAUGUCAGUUUUAGACUAUGGUGAUGUGAUGUAUAAAAAUGCUACUGCUUGCUCACUUAAAGCCCUGGACUCAGUCUACCAUUCUGCCCUGAGAUUCAUUACUGGUGAUGGCUAUAGCACUAGUGUUAAUUUCGUCAGACAAGACGAGAGGAAAUAUAUUCGUCAACGACCUUUUUUUUCAUGACUAAG